CCUUGGGCUGUGGAGGCAGCAGUUCUCCUGUGUGUCACCAGGUCCUUGCUCAGCACGGCUCCUUUUAGAACCCAGACUGAUGGCCAGUCUGAAUGUGUCUCUCUCUUUCUUUAUUGCCACCUGUGCCCUCUGUGAGGCAGCUAGGAGGGUGUCUAAAGCCCUGCUCCCAGGAGGCGCCUAUGCCAGUUUUGCCCGGGAAGCAGUGGGCACAGCCCAGCUGGCAGCCUGCUGCCUAGAGAUGCGAGUGUUGGUGGAACUUGGCCCCUGGGCAGGGGGCUUUGGGCCCGACCUUUUGCUGACCCUGCUCUUUCUGCUCUUCCUGGUGCACGGGGUCACCUUUGAUGGGGCCUCUGCCAACCCCACGGUGGCCUUGCAGGAGUUCCUCAUGGCGGAGGCUUCGCUGCCCGGCACCCUGCUGAAAGUGGCUGCCCAGAUGCUAGGUGCACAGGCUGCCUGUGCCCUGACCCAGCGCUGCUGGGCCUGGGAGCUCAGCGAGCUCCACUUGCUGCAGAGCCUCAUGGCUAUGCACUGCAGCUCGACCCUGCGCACAUCCGUGUUGCAGGGCGCACUGGUGGAGGGGGCCUGCACCUUCUUCUUCCACCUGAGCCUCCUCCACCUGCAGCAUAGCCUUCAGGUCUACAGGGUGCCUGCCCUGGCCCUGCUGGUCACCGUCCUGGCCUACACAGCUGGGCCCUACACAUCCGCCUUCUUCAAUCCCGCCCUGGCUGCCUCCGUCACUUUCCACUGCUCUGGGAACACCUUGCUGGAGUAUGCCCACGUGUACUGCCUGGGUCCUGUGGCAGGGAUGCUCCUGGCCAUCCUACUCCAUCAGGGCCACCUUCCUCGCCUUUUCCAGAGAAAUCUGUUCUACCGGCAGAAAAACAAAUACCGAACUCCCAGAGGAAAGCUGUCCCCAGGUCCUGUGGCCACCAAGACAUCUACAAAGGGGAAUAGUGGCAAAGGGCUGUAGCCUGUGGGUACCAGGGCAGUAGCUGUUGGGGUCCAGCUGAGCUGCCUUGCUCACCAAGGCUUUAGUCACCUCCUGAGACUUCUGGUCUCCCCACCAUGAAAUCAUUUGCCAAUAAACCAUUGCUAA